AUGUGUCAUUCUGCUGCUGGCCAGUGUGAUGUCUGUAAUGAAGGCUACGUCCUCGAUAGAAUCGGAUAUACCUGCACCGCAUGUGGAGAUAACUGUUUGUCGUGCAACUUGAAUGGAGCUGGUAAAUGCGAUCUUUCCAAGUGCAGGACUGGCAGUGAAAUUGAAACUAAUUCCGUCUACGAUCCUGCGAAUAAACUUUGUCAAGGGGAUCGCAAGUUAUUGAUGGAGAAGUUGAAACUCCAAAUUUUAAUACUUCCUUUGUAUUUUUACCAAAAGUUUUUGACAUUUAUAGUUUGCAAAAUAUUACUUUAG